GCAGUGUAGCCGGCUGGCGGUGACUUACACCCGGGCUCCAGAGGGAGAGAGAAAGAGCUGCAGGCCGCUGGCAUUGCGUCUUCCAGGCUGCGUGGACCCGGCGCCCCGGCGUUGGCGUUUGGGGAGCUCGCCGUGGCGCCCCCUCCCGCUGGCUCUAGCUUCCUCUGGGCUUGGCGCAGGUGGGCCAGGUUGGGCACCGCGGAUCUGCCCGUUCCCACGAAGGCUGGCUCGCCGUCUCUCUGCGAGGGGGUGGGACCAUCCUAAAAAUUUGUAAAUAUCCAAGCGCCGGCUCCAGGCUGGGGCAGCAGCCAAGGUCCCUGCGCCGCCGCCGGUGCUUUACAUGAAAAUGAGAAGCCUGUCGGGAACCGCGCUCUAACUUAAGGCAGCCUGGUGAUUAGCAUGAGACUGGGCGGCUGUCCUGCUUCCUGCCCUUCAAUAGCCGUUCCGCGCGCUCGCGCCCGAGCCGCGCUGCCACCGCGCGGGGGUCGAUCGCAGGCUCGGCGUCCUUGGCAGCCAUGGCUCCGUCGCCGCCUCGGCCAGUAAAUAGGAGCACGCUUGUGUAGGGGGCACAUGCGUGUCGGCGCACCCACCCAGCCACCCACCCGCGCGCACGCACAGCGCCCGGAGCCUCGGCAGGAGGAAGAUUGACGAGGCGCUGCAGUCGCGGGGACGGCACGGGCUCUUCCUGGAUUCCGCAGGAGCCCGCCCGCCGCAGCUGCUGUCUGCAGAGCCUGCACGGAGCCGGUGCACACGCGCCCCCGGCUCGAGCCUCUGUGAUGAAGACUGCCUCCCGGGGGCUGCGGGGGAGGCAGAGCCAGCCAGCGCCGGGGACUGCGGGCCGCGCGGCCGGUAGGCCCGCGGGGACACGACUCGGACACUGUCAUCCCCACGCCGCGCGCUGAGCCGCCCGCCCCUCCGGCCUCCCGCACGCCCGGUCCGGGGUCAGCCCCGGAGGCCUCGGCUGCCUCAUUUGUUUGGGUCUUUUGUGCCGUGGCUCCCAGUUGGCUAAGCACUCCUGCGCUGAAUCGGGCCAUUGUCUGCGCUCCCAUUGCCUUCACGCUGCCAGUCUCGGCGCCCCCACCCCGCCCGCCCCCUCCCCGCCUCCUCCCGGCCGGGGAGCCUCCUAACGUGCCUUUCCCCCCAGGAAUCUGGAAGCUAUAAGCCGGGCGCAUUGCAAAUGAAGUGUAAUGCAUUGUGGGACGUGUGUAAAAUCGGAGCCUUCGCCGUGGGGGUGUGGGGGGGCGUGGGGAGGGCCGGACCCGCCGCUGGCGGUGUAGACGCCGACGAGGAGGGGCUGCGAAAAUGUGCGCAGAGUCCGCCCGGGUCGUGCCCGCCGUAGACUGAUGAAGGAGCGCGCUGCGCCCCGGCGCUGAGGCCCCGAGGAUCGGGGCGGCAGGUCACCCUCCCCACCAUGAAGAAGACCCGGAGCACAACCUUGCGGCGAGCCUGGCCUAGCUCGGAUUUCUCGGACCGGGCCUCGGACCGCAUGAGGUCCCGCAGCGAGAAGGACUACCGCCUGCACAAGCGCUUCCCCGCGGCCUUCGCGCCCCAGGCUUCGCGGGGCUACAUGACAUCAGGUGAUGUAUCACCAAUCAGUAUGUCUCCCAUCAGCCAGUCUCAGUUCAUUCCACUUGGGGAGAUCCUCUGCUUGGCCAUCUCAGCAAUGAACUCAGCAAGAAAACCUGUCACCCAAGAAGCACUGAUGGAGCACCUGACCACGUGUUUCCCAGGUGUUCCAACCCCAAGCCAAGAAAUUCUGCGGCACACGCUGAACACGCUGGUUCGGGAGAGGAAAAUCUACCCAACUCCAGAUGGCUACUUUAUCGUGACCCCACAGACUUACUUCAUAACUCCCUCCCUCAUAAGAACUAACAGUAAAUGGUACCAUCUGGACGAGAGGAUACCUGACCGGUCCCAGUGCACCUCUCCGCAGCCCGGAACCAUCACGCCCUCUGCCUCAGGCUGCGUCAGGGAAAGAACAUUGCCCCGAAACCACUGCGACUCUUGCCACUGCUGCAGAGAAGACAUGCACAGCAUGCAUGCGUCCACCCUGCAGAGGAAGCCUGCCAAGGACUGCAAAGACCCUUACUGCCCCCCUUCUCUGUGCCAGGUGCCACCCACUGAAAAGAGCAAAAGUACUGUAAAUUUUUCCUACAAGACGGAAACUCUCUCAAAACCUAAAGAUAGUGAAAAGCAGUCAAAAAAAUUCGGGCUGAAGUUAUUCCGGCUAAGUUUUAAAAAAGACAAGACCAAACAGCUGGCCAAUUUUUCUGCCCAGUUUCCUCCGGAAGAGUGGCCCCUGCGAGACGAGGACACGCCAGCCACGAUCCCUCGGGAGGUGGAAAUGGAGAUCAUCAGGCGCAUCAACCCAGACCUGACCGUGGAAAACGUCAUGCGGCACACUGCGCUCAUGAAGAAGCUUGAAGAAGAAAAGGCCCAGAGGAGUAAAGCUGGGUCCUCUGCCCAUCACAGCGGAAGGAGUAAAAAGAGUAGGACUCAUCGAAAGUCCCAUGGAAAGUCUCGGUCUCACAGCAAGACACGCGUGUCCAAAGGAGACCCCUCCGACGGCUCACAUCUGGAUAUCCCCGGUGAAAGAGAGUAUGACUUUUGUGAUCCUCUGACCAGGGUGCCCAGGGAGGGCUGUUUCAUCAUGGAGCACACAGGAGAUAACUUCAUCAUGCACAGCAACACAAACGUGAUCGAGUCCCACUUCCCCAUGACACCAGAAUGGGAUGUGUCUGGUGAACUGGCCAAAAGGAGAACUGAGAUGCCUUUUCCCGAACCUUCUAGGGGAAGCUCCCACUCAAAAGUGCACCGAAGCCACAGCCAUACCCAGGACCGGAGGUCCAGGAAUGAGAGAUCCAACAAAGCCAAGGAGAGAUCCAGAUCGAUGGACAACUCCAAAGGCCCUCUGGGUGCUUCUUCUCUAGGGACGCCUGAAGACCUUGCUGAAGGCUGUAGCCAAGAUGACCAGACCCCCAGCCAAUCCUACAUCGACGACAGUACUUUAAGGCCUGCACAGACUGUUGGUCACCAAAGGGCUCACAUUUCGUCCACAAGCUAUAAAGAGGUGUGUAUUCCAGAAAUAGUUGGUGGCAGCAAGGAACCGUCCAGCGCGUGUAGCCUUUUGGAGCCAGGCAAAGCACCUGAGAGUUUGCCAUCCUAUGGCGAACUCAACUCUUGUCCAGCGAAAACCUCCACAGAUGACUAUUUCCAGUGCAACACCUCCAGUGAGACGGUGCUUACGGCACCAUCACCUCUGGGAAAGAAUAAGGAGGACCAUGACACUCUGACUUUGGCAGAAGGGGUGAAAAAGCUCUCCCCAUCUGAUAGGCAGGUCCCCCACUCCUCCAGGGAGCCUGUAGGGCACAAGGAGGAGUCACCCAAAGGGCCGGGUGGUGGCCCAGCUGCCUCAGGAGGAGCGGCUGAGGGGAUCGCCAAUGGACGCCUUGUCCAGCACCAUGGUGCCGAGCCCAGCAGCUUGGACAAGAGGAAAGAGAUAUUUAGCAAAGACACACUGUUCAAACCUCUUCACAGCACCUUGUCUGUAAACAGCUAUCACAAAUCGAGCCUGUCCCUCCUCAAAUCUCACCCGAAGACACCUGCUGACACACUGCCAGGCCGAUGCGAGAAACUGGAACCGUCCCUGGGGACCUCAGUGGCACAAGCCAUGCCGGCUUCCCAACGUCAGCAGGAGUCAGGAGGGAACCAGGAAGCCUCUUUCGACUAUUACAACGUCUCUGAUGAUGAUGACUCUGAGGAAGGGGCAAACAAGAACACAGAGGAGGAGAAAAAUAGAGAGGACGUGGGCACCAUGCAGUGGCUCCUGGAGAGGGAGAAGGAAAGAGACUUGCAGAGGAAAUUUGAAAAGAACCUCACCCUUCUUGCCCCAAAAGAGACCGACAGCAGCAGCAGCCAGAGAGCCACCCAUUCAGCCCGGCUCGACAGCAUGGACAGCAGCAGCAUCACAGUGGACAGUGGAUUCAACUCCCCACGUACUCGGGAGAGCCUGGCUUCCAACACGUCAAGCAUUGUUGAAAGUAACCGUCGUCAGAACCCCGCGUUGAGCCCGGCCCACGGUGGAGCUGGUCCAGCCUUCAACUUCCGAGCAAGCACGGACCCCCCGACAAAUGAAGCUGAGAAACUACAGAAACCUUCUAACUGCUUGCAAGCUUCUGUUACUAGUGUGUGAUAGUCCUUCUGCCUCAGAUCUUCUGUCUCGUUCGAUACAGCAAAGUUUACGACACUGGGACUGAUGUUUACAUCUUUGGAAAGACAAGCAUCUCAACCACACAGUUUUUGUGUUUACUUAAACUGUGCUGCUAAGUAGGGCUAGGGCAAAGAAAAAACAAAAAAUCUUUAUUUCAGAGUAUUGCUUUUCACAUUUAUGGCUCUGUAGCAACUGAGUAACAGUAGGGGUGAUAUGUAUACUUUUGCUUCACUAAUUGUAUCUGAGCACACAUAGGAAAGUCUAGACACUGUAAGUGUAAUAUGCAUUUUCAAUGUCAUGCAUUUGCCAAUUCCAUUUUAAAAUGCCACAGAUGCGUGUUGCUCCCAGUCUGUGGUUAAACGGUGCCGCAGAACUGAUCCUUGACACUUCCAAAAAAAAAAAAACGAAGCCACCAUGAAAUGUCAAAUGCAAGGGUCCACCUUGAGGGAAAUAGAUGCCAAACUGACUAGAAGGGACCCCAGCCCUUUGUGUGUGAAUCGUUUAUGCACCAGUCAUUUUUCACUGUGAGUUUUUGUGACACUAUUUUGCAGGAGCCCAUGGAAGUGUGUGAGAAGGGGUCGCAAUGGAAAUCGCUGGGAGUGUCUCUUUUCAGGAUUUUGUUUUCAAGUGUAACAGAUGCUUGUCUGAUUUUUAACCUUCCAUGAUCACAAACAGGAAUAUAGGCCUCUGAAUCUGAAGUGGACAAAGGAAAGGAAUUUCCAGUCUGGCGGGGGCACAGCACUAGGUGUUGGGAGAGGUGGCGUGGACUUGUAAAAGGUAUUACUCAAAUAUUGAAGGAAGAGAAUUUCCUCCUUGUGAUACUUAGGAUGACCCUAUCUUACUCUAAUAGGUACAAUAAUUAGUUUGUUUAAAAGCAAAAUGUUCUUUGUGAUACAAAUGAAAAGUAUGGCCUGAGGAUGUUAUUCUUUCUAAUGGAAGGACAUAAAUCUAUUUUAUGUAGUUUUAAAUAGAAUGCCUAAAUUAGGCUGUGGGAGAUAAUUUUUAGUGGUUAUAGGAAAGAGCAAAUUUAGGGAGAGUUGAACUUCAGGCCUUUUAUUCCUGGGAAGAUAUCUAUAGAGAAAACUUUUAAAAUAAUUUUUGAUUAGAAAUCUACAUGUGCCCAUGUAAUGAACAACAGAAUGUGCUCAUUCUGCUAGUGUGGUAUAAUCCUAAUUUGUACUCCCCUAAAAUUUAUCAGAAAAACAAUUAUGCAUACGUGAACUAUGCCAGAGUAAUGUUUACAGAUACUUUGUAACCAAUUUCAGGAGGCAAUUUUAGGUGGAUGUGUAGUUAAUUAGCCCAACUUAUUUCAAAAUGAUUCGUUAACAUUUUGCUUUGGUUUACGAUGUCAUGUUACACACAAAGAAGACCCAGCAGCAAAGGGAUUGCCAAUAAUUUGAUCUUAUAGCAAAGAGACAUUCCAACGUUCCCAUGUUUUAUUUUCUGAGAACAGUGGAACGGAUCUGCAGUAAUGGAAUAUUAUUUGCAAAAGGGUUACAUAUGACACAAGAAAGUGUCUGACAUAAAGUUUUAUUUUGUUUAGUGGCAUGUGCUGUUGGGGGCUAUACACCAUAAAAUACAUAUAUAUAUAUAUAUCCCCAAAUCCAGAAUAUUUUCACCUCCGAUUUCAGUAAUUGGCAUAUGAUUUGUGAGACACAUCAUUUUUGUAUUAGGUUUAAUCACCAGCAAUCUGUUUAAAUAAUCCAGUCCUAUACACAGUUGGACUUAUUCUUGAAACCUCUGAAUACUCCCUCACAGUUUUUCAGUUAUUUGGAAGUUGCAUUGGGUCAAACUGGACUCCCUGAGUUUGGUAUAAAUUCCUUUUUUGUGCUUAUUGCAGUGAAACUUCAGCAUGUUUCGUAGUAAACUCCCAUACCAUUGACAUGCUUAAGCCUCUUGGCUUUCAGUCUCACGCCGUAUUUCCUCCAAGGCAUGCCUUGAUGCAUUGUUUGUCUCCUGGCUUAACUAUGUCCAGAAGGAAUGAUCGUGUGUCUAAUAGACUACAUCGUCUGUUCCCUUGGGGAGUUAUAUAUCAUACAGUUACUAAAUCUUUGUCUAAAUUCAUUUUUUCCAAAAACCUGCUCUCAAAUUUUUCUUCUACUAUUAGUUCGUAAAUAAUAGAACCAUUGAAACAAUACAUCAGCCUCUAGUUGAUCCUCUGAAAGUAGCCAUUGAAAUAAUCGAAUGCUGUGUGAACAGGAAAGGAAACAUUACCUUUAAGAGAAGCUUUAAAAUAGGAAUUUAUUGAUAUUUCACGAGAUAUAGGUUUACAGAAGACAUUAUUCAAAUAAAUAUGUACACUGUUUGCCUGAUGCUAUGGGGUACAUGGCUUUUUAAAAACUCCCUUAGACCAGCAGCCGUUUGUGUAGUAGAAAUGAUGGACUUGAAAGAUGAUACCAUGUAAGCAGAUGUUGCAUAUAAAAGUAUUCUUGUCUGAAUCUGAUCGAGACUCUUGAAUGGGGGAAGAGUGGCAGCCGGCGUCACAUUCCACAUGCCAUCCGAGGUCCCAGUGAGGCUCUCAGUCCGGACGGUGGGGUCCUCGCCCGGCGUUGCCCGUACGCUUUUCCUCCAGUGAAACCAUAGCUUUGUGUUACACGACUGCUUGUCCAGUCUUAGGGUUUAGCCACUGAAAGGUUUACAGAACAAUCUCGUUGAAUCUCUGUGAAAGGGCCAACACAUCUGUCGGCAUUUUGCACACUUACGUAUUAUUAUGAUACGACAUAUUACUUUAUGGUAAUUUUUAUUUUUACAUAUAACUACCUCCAUAAAUUUGAUGAAAUGGCAGCCGUGUGUUAAAGUGUAUCAUUCCGAAGAGCAAAGUUGAACCCUUCCUUCAACAUUAGGCCAUGGCAUUCUGUGUGUGUCGGUGAUUGCCUCUGUGGACUCAUGACUUCUCCAUCGCCAUGGCUUUCUCUUACGCCAUUGUUUGGCUUUCAGAGGUAAUCCUGUCUUCUCCUCUCUUCCCCACGAAAGCGCACUCGAUUUUGUUAGGAAUGAACCGAAGUUUAAAAAUUCUUGUGCCCACCCCCACCCCCCACCCAUUCCUGUUAAAAGUUCUCUGGCGAAGAGCCAAUGGGUGAACGUAAUUGAGCGAGCUAUUUACUUCUUUGGAAAUCUGGUUUGAAGUCUCAGUUUUCGGUAACAGAAGACACACAAGCAAUGUGGACUGCCAACCUUGAAGCACUGUGGGCUCUGCCUUCACCCGCAUGCUACCAUGUGGAGCCCAAACUCCACUGUAAUUAAAAGAGCUGUGCUGUGAAUGCCACAACUUCUGUUAAAUGAUUUGUAUUCCAUUAUAUACAUUUUGCACAUCUCAGGGGGCCAUAAUGAGCAUAUGAAAGCGGGGAUGCCAUCAAAUAGAGAAAACAAAUAGAAGAGGUGAAUGGAGACUAGCUAGAUAAAAAUAACAAAUUACUGCUUCUCUGACGUCGUGAAGGUCAAGUUCAGGAAGCGGCAAUUCAAAGUUAAUCUAGAGUAACAAUGAUCUGAACAGCAGCUGUUCCCAGGUCCCUCUUUUUCAUAACCUAACCAGCAUUUCUAAAAUGUAAAUUUAAAUUAUAUUGCAGUCACCAUGGGGAGAAGAAACCUGUUCAGUGGAAGCAGAAGCAUUGUUCCUUUUUUAGGUUGGCGCAGCUUUGCAAAAUUCUACCCAGGACAAAGCACUUAUCACCACCAAGUGUACUUGAAAAUAAAGUUUUUAACUUAAAUUACAAACAUAUUGCUCACAAUAUGAUAGUGAUCGUUUUUUGAAAGUCUCACCGUUUAUAACAUGGGCAGUAUUUGGAGCUUGAUUUAAAAACCAACAACAAUCGAUAAUGACUUUGCACGAUUCACUUUGGGAUCUCAGAAUGCUUCCAAAGCAUUCAGAUUCGCAAACAAUUAACAAGACAGGUCAUCUUCGUAAUACGCAUACUUGAACAAACAAAAGGAGUCACUUAAGACUACCCAGAAACACAGUGGCAGCUAUUGAUGAUCUAUUUUCUAUCUGUUUGAUAGACCAUCAUGAGAAAUCACUAAAUACAAUGCUAUUUUUCUGAUGUGUGCAAAUAAAGUCAAAGAAAACAAAUACAACUUGACACUUUCGUCCAUUUUCAUUAAAAAAAAAAAAGUUCAGGGUGUUUGGCAUUUUACACCUCAGCACACCUUACUGGUAUCGAUGGAUGAAGCGGGAGAUUGACAGGUCCACCCAAUGCCAUCACAGUCAGGAGCAGAUCUGGACAUCCAGCCUUGUUUACAGUUUCGUAUUGGGUUUCUAUAGUUCCCGUGCUAAAAUACCAUCUUUCAGGAACAUGACUGCUCCUGGCAGCGGAAGGUGCUGACACAGAAAUUUUAAUUAAAAACUUUAUCAAGUACUCAUCACAGUGCUCCUUAGCACCCUAGAAAUUCAGUACAAUAUAUCGAGUCCUGCUUUGGAGGAGCUGGAUUUCUGAGGGAGCUGAUCCAGUUCUAAGUAUUUUCUUGAAUUAGGAGGUAGAUGAUAUUUGACGGGGAUCUGCUCCAUCACCACAGGCCAGUCGCAGAACCAACUAGCGUGUGCUAUCAACCUCGGUGGGCCCAAGCAGGAGCGACCUCUCCUUUCCCCCUAGCCCCCAGGACCAUCCUGCCCAUUGUCAAUGUCAUCCAGGGCUCUUCUGGUAGUGAGUGACUUUUCUGCACAUGUUUAGGGCUUGGGGGAGCUAGAACACAGGAAACAUGAAUGCAAAAGCCAUGGAAAACAUUGUUUUGCUUUGGGUUAGUAAAAUGUGGGCAGGAAAGAGAUUAUGUCCGUCUGAGCUUUGCCAAGUAAGAUAAAAGAAUCAGCCAUCACCCCCUUCCUCUCCCAGAAGGUCUGUGGUAUUAAGAAUACAUCCAAUAGUUUCCCACAGAUUUUUAUUCGGGAAAUGUUUCAUAAAUUACGUCUAUGAAAACAUUCAUUAUUAAAUUUCCUUGUGUGUUUCAGACAGACAUUGGCACCUUCCUAUUGAGUUAAUACUCUGCAUCUUUUGCAGCAGUGGCCCACAAAGAGAUUCCCAGUGAUGGCUCCCCCAACACACAGUCCUGUGUUUUUACCGUUGUUCUAUGACUUACGGUUGAUGAUUCGCAAGAUUCAGAAUACCAGACUCAAGGGGGACCUAAACUUGCUUCUUAUGAUUGUACAUGAUCAGUUAUAGGGCUUUAAUUGUUAAUUGUUGGCUUCAAAUGUGAACAGACACACACACACACACACACACACACACACACACACCAUGCCAAGGAGGGAAUGGGGUAUUUCAAGUCAGGCAACGAUGAUUCUGGAAGGUUGGAAAUGUAAGGUUAGAAGCUUGGCUGAUCCAUGUACAGUUGCCUGCCUCCUUGUUCCAAGGCUGACCUUAGUAAAACGGUUCCCUUGCUCCCACCAAGAAGAGGUACCAAAUGUGAGACCUGAGAUCUCUAAUAUCUGUCCUCUGUGGUUCCGGGAAAUUAAUCAUGAAGUACACACGCAGCAGCUCCUCCGCUUCCUUUCCUCCGAGGUACUCCUUUCCGUUCUCCCACCUAGAUACUGACAUACCGCCACGGUUUCCACAUUGGAAGGGCAGAACACUGUGCAGUAUCUUGCACACUUGCUGGGUUAGGAAUAGAGCUGCCCUAGGGUCACCUUCAUGGAAGUAUCAUCAACAGCUACAAAUUAAAGUCCUUAGAGCAGUUGACACAGAUACCAUGUUCUAGAAGAGAAUUAAAUUUAAACGUCAAGUUUAAAGGAAUCAUAAUUCUGCAGGUAUCUUUCUCUGAGUGGCUGAAUGUGACUAUUGCAUUAGGGUAAAUGAAUUAAGAAAGUGCAAGUGGGUUUUACUGUAUGUUAGAAAGGAGUUUUGCAGCCAAGACUGCCUUGAAUAAAAUGCGUUUGCACUGAAAAAAAAAUUUUAAAUUACUUGGUCUCUGGUUGCUGUAAAGGUCAUCCAAGAUGGAUGUUCUGUUUAUAUUGUAUAGUAUUUCAUAUGAAAUAAUUACAGUUCAUGAAAUGUCUUCCCUAAUGUUACUGAUUUAUAACAGCACAUUUGUAACAUGGUUUUUAUCGUGUCAGUGUACCAUACUGUAAAUGAUGAUUACUUGUCAUGCUUAGUAUAAUAACUUAAAAGAAAAAAAGGACAGGGAUUUUUGUAAGUCUAUAUUUGAAAGUCCCUCCAUAUGGUGAUAUUGUGUUCAUGUUGUUUAUGUAGUGUUGUGUGAAAUAUCCAUUUUGGAUUGUGUUACUUUUUAAGAUAUUAAAUAACAUUUGGUUAUA